ACCAGCCAAUCGGCGAAUGAAAAAGGUGGGGCCAUUGACCCAGAGUGUAUGCCCCAAAGUCACACGUGAUCCCGCUGUAGUUCCAGGUGGUCACAUCGAAUUGAGGAGAAUAUGGAGCUUAAGGCGAGGUGUGUUGUGCUGCUGGCUGUUGCCCUGUGCUCCACGUUGCUCCUGACCAGGGUGGCCGCCCACCAGGAGGAGGAGGAGCCUAUCAUGGAGAUGGCCGGUGACAUGGACGCGGACGUGGAAGACGAUAUGGAGGAGAUGAGCCUGGGGGAGGGACUUGACGGGGAGCCAGAGGAGGAGGACACACCCCCGGGACCACCUCCAGUCCCUAAAGUCACCUACAAAGCCCCGGAGCCUGUGGGGGAGCACUUCUUCGCCGAGUCCUUUGACAGAGGGACCCUAGACAGCUGGGUCCAGUCAAAGGCCAAGAAGCAAGACAUUGACGAGGACAUCGCCAAGUAUGACGGUAAAUGGGCGGUGGAGGACAUGAAGGACAGCAAGCUGCCCGGAGACAAGGGCCUGGUGCUGAAGUCCCGCGCCAAGCACCACGCCAUCUCCGCCCAGCUCCUCAGACCUUUCAUCUUCGACACCAAGCCACUCAUCGUCCAGUAUGAGGUCAAUUUCCAGCAGGGGAUUGACUGCGGCGGCGCCUAUGUCAAACUCCUCUCCCAGACAGCUGACCUGAACCUGGAUGAGUUUGUCGACAAGACCCCCUACACCAUCAUGUUUGGACCGGACAAGUGUGGAGAGGACUACAAGCUGCACUUCAUCUUCCGCCACAAGAACCCCAAGACGGGCGAGUACGAGGAGAAGCACGCCAAGAAGCCUGACGCCGACCUGCGUACCUACUACACCGACAAGAAGACACACCUGUACACUCUGGUGGUGAACCCAGACAACAGCUUUGAGGUCCUGGUGGAUCAGACGGUGGUGAACAGUGGCAACCUCCUGACGGACAUGACCCCGCCCGUCAACCCCCCUGCUGAGAUCGAGGACCCCGACGACCACAAGCCAGAGGACUGGGACGAACGGCCCAAGAUCCAGGACCCUGACGCGGUGAAACCCGACGACUGGGAUGAGGACGCACCACAGCAGAUCCCGGAUGAGGAUGCCGUGAAGCCCGAUGGCUGGCUGGACGAUGAGCCCGAAUACACCAGCGACCCGGACGCGGUCAAGCCAGAGGACUGGGAUGAGGAUAUGGACGGAGAGUGGGAAGCACCCCAGGUGCCAAACCCCCUCUGUGAGACCGCCCCCGGCUGUGGCACCUGGCAACGGCCCAUGAUUGACAACCCCAACUACAAGGGGAAGUGGAAGGCCCCGAUGAUCGACAAUCCCAACUACCAGGGCAUGUGGAAGCCCAGGAAGAUCCCCAACCCAGCCUUCUUCGAGGACCUCCAUCCAUUCAGGAUGACCCCCUUCAACGCUGUGGGCCUGGAGCUCUGGUCCAUGUCCAGCGACAUCUUCUUCGAUAACUUCUUUAUCACCAACGAGAGGCACACGGCUGAGCGCUGGGCCAAUGACGGGUGGGGCCUGAAGAAGGCUGCGGAAGGCGCUGCUGAGCCCGGGCUGGUGAAACAGAUGAUGAGCGCGGCCGAUGAGCGCCCCUGGUUGUGGGCGGUGUACGUGCUGACCGUGGCCCUGCCUGCUGUCCUGCUCGUCCUCUUCUGCUGCUCCGGGAAGAAGAAGGCUCCGGCCGCAGCUGACUACAAGAAGACCGACGAGCCCCAGCCAGAUGUGGAGGAAGAGGAGAAGGCUGAGGAAGACCAGGUCAAGGAGGAAAAGAGCCAGUCAGUGGCAGCUGAGAAGGGCGAUUUAGAGGACAGCCCUGCAGAAAAAGGAGAUGAAGAAGAGGAGGAGGAGGAGGAGGAGGAGGAGGAGCAGCAGCGGGAUGGGGAGGAAGAGGAUGAAAAUGCCACAAAAGAGGUACGGGGACAAAACAACAAGACGACGACGUCCUCAGAAGGUCCCCCAGAAACAGGAAAGUGAGGAAGGACUGAUGUGGCUGUCACAACCCUGGAUCUUUGAUUUAAAACCAACAGCCCUGCCCCCCACCCCCCCUUCCUGCCCCCACCCCCGUCAACCCCUGUGCCCUCCCUCUCCUCCCCUUCCCGGGGCGAUGAAGCGAACCCAACCAGAAUGUCAUCUCUCUCGUCAGGCUCAACAGAAAAACUAUCAUGACCGCCUCCCAAAUGUGGAUGACGAUGAUUCCACUAUGGUGGCGAUGAAGACUGAGUUGUUAGUGUAGAUAAUGGGUUUUUCGAACAGUGAAUAAAAAUAGAAUAAGAACCGCUAUUCCAUUCCGUGACAGCAGACGCUAGGGACCCCCGUCUACUCUUCCCCUCCUGAUCCCCACCUGAAAAACCAUUUGCUCCUGUUAGCCCCGCCCCCCGGUCCCUCCCACAGGUCUAGUCAGUACCAACGGUCCUGGACAACACUACAGCUUGUAGGUUUUAGCUAAGUUCCCCCUCAAUGUUUUCUUGCUUGGUCCAGUGUAACAUUCCCAUGCAUUUUGUAUGUGAGAGAGGGGUUGAUUGGCGUUGUGAACAUUUCUGUUCAGGGUCGACAAACAUGGCAUUUGGAUGUCUUGCUGUCUGAAAACGCUGCGGUGGUGUAUUGGGGGUUUCAAGAGACUUACUUUCCCAUGAUGCACAGGUUUUCUUGACGUUUCAUUCCAUGUGGUCUCCGCCAUGUAUUUUGAAAUCUUUUGAGUGUGGGAAGACCCCUGUGAGUUAUUCCUACUAUGGUGAGGCUGGGAGUGCACCUGCUCAGUUCCACCACAGAACCCUGGGGUGGACGAAGUUUGAAGCAGAGCAGGAAAAAGAAUGCUUAGUAAGCGGGCUUCAAUAGGUUAGAAUAUGCUGCCUUACAGUCCUAGAGAGCAAAGGUUUGCUGAAAUUUUCCUUCUGUAAAUGUACUGUGACGUUUCUUUUAUUUUUUAUUUUUUUUAAUACAAUGUUCAAGGCAUUUUCAUUUUCUUAAAUCUUCUGAUUCCAUUAACGUCUCUGUCUGGUCUUCAUAUAGAAUGUAGAUGCGUAGUGUGUAGGGGUUGAGGUGAAUUCCAUUUCAACUCCGGGCAAUUUAAAAUCUUCUGCCAUGAAGGGAGACGAAAUGAAAAUGUCACUGUACUUUUGUACUAAUUGACUGGAAUUGAAAUAAAAUUGACUACAGCCCUGGUGAGUGUACAGUAACAUAAGUGUGAGGGAGGAGACAAAAGGAAAUGGUAUUCCACCUUAGAUUUUUUUCGAUGGAAUGAAAAGCUGCCUCGUGCAGUGCUUAACCGGAUUGGUGGGAUGAAUAGGUUUUCUGCCUAGCUACUGGAAGAUGAGUAGACACAUCCUGUCAUGGCAUUUCCGUCAGUCAUGCAACAGCAGCAUGUUUCACAUGAGUCUGUCUCAUACAAGGGUUGUGAAGAGUACCUUUGAGGUGUCAGACAAGCGUCCCUCAUUUUCCCACAGCAUUUUAUAUAUUUUUGUCCAUUAACAGUACCUCAUAGAACAUGAUGUGGCACUGAUGAGAAUAAAUUGGCGUUUAGCCUACAAUCUUUUGGUACUGGUUUCUGUUACUCAUGUUGGCGUAUUGGCCCACACUGUUUUUAAAAGAUCCUAAAAAGCAGUGGAUGUGGUUUGCCUCAUUUUUAAAAGAGUUGGCACUUCUCAAGGUAACUUAAGACUCAUGUGUGAAACUCAUUCAUUAACCAGGUCAAUCUGCUGUUCCUGUCUGUUCGCAUGAAAUUCCAGUCAAGUUUUGUGUUCUCAAAUUCCUUUAGUGGCGUCGGUCUGUGAGUCAUGUUUGGCGCACCACAAUUCUCUCCAGCGUCUGUGUAGGGUGUCUGAGCGAGCAAAGGCGAAUGCGGAUUGGAGUGUUUCCUGACAAACUACAUUGCAUGUGAUUGGGUAACAAGCGUCCAUACAAGUGCAGUUGGUUGAUUGGUCAUUAAUCUACAUCAGUACAUUUUGGAGGAUGAGGGGAAAACUUACUAUGAUGUUACUUAAAAAAUAAAGAGAUUUGACUACGAGAUUGGAGCUGGGCAAUGUGUUUUUCCUGUAAUCUGAAAUUGAGAGAGCAUGUACAGCUUUUGCCUUGAGGAAAUGUAGGUUUUUCUCUAGAAUCGUUUUCUUUAUUUUAUUAUUGUAACCUACUAUGACUUCCUGUGUUUCUUUGUACUAUUCUUUCACACUUUUUGGUUUUGAACCUAGACAAAACACGCGGUAAGAGGCAGGCACCUGGUGGGCGUUUCAAGGAAAUAAAAUGCUAAGAAUAUUUCUAUUUUUUACUUUUUCUGGAUGGGGAAACAAAAUGGUUCUGCCUGAAGCCGCCUAGGUAAUACUCACAGAUGUCACAGUGGACUGUACCUUCCCAAUCUCUCGGAUUAGCUUUGCUGUGUGCGAAAAGUCUCUGUUGUCACCUAACAACUAGGAUUAAUCGAACUAAAUCAUGUACACUAAAGAGAUUUAAGGAACUAUAGAGACUUGGUUAUCAUGGUUGAGAGUUAUUGUCACACUGUGGUUAAGAUAUAAUGCGAUCACAAACAGCCAUCACAUUGUGUGAAUACGGAUCAAAGACUACUACUCUGACUAAUCGUAUUGUAAAUGCAGUCAUCUAUGAAUAGGGAUGCCAUUUGUUUUGAUGAAUUAAAAAAGGCCUAAACGGAAACUGA